AUGCGCUUCUUCUUAUCUGCCAUCGCUCUCUUGAGCGCGGUCCCACUUCUCAUCGCUGCUCCGACGGCAAAGGCUCCAGAUGCAACCCAGGGGCUGCCUGACGGACUUCCAUCUCCAAGUCCCAGUGAACUGAAGAUAAUCGAACAAAAUGCUCACGGAACCCUGCCCAACGGCCCCCCACCCCCUGUGAUCAGCAACAUGGGAAUCAUCAACCUCAAGUUGAUCGCAUUCAAUGAACUCUUCGAGGUGGCUUUCUUCAACGAGCUCAUCUCAAAUAUCACUGAGAACGUGGAUGGUUAUCGGUUCACCGAUGAGGACGUUCGCACCAAAACUCUCUCCUGGUUGAAGGUCAUUCUCGCUCAAGAGGAACUCCAUGCGAUCAGAGCCAACGACGCUCUGAGCCACUUCGGCGUGAAGCCUGUUGAGCCUUGCCAAUACAAAUUCCCUGUCCAAGAUUUCGAUACCGCCAUCGCACUCGCCUCAACAUUCACUGACCUCGUCCUGGGCACUUUACAAGACGCCGUUGAAAGAUUCGCGCUGGGCAGAGACGUGGAUCUUGCGCGGGAGAUCUCUUCCAUCAUCGGCCAAGAAGGAGAACAACAGGGAUGGUUCCGAGUUCUGCAGGACAAGGCCCCUAGCGAGCUACCGUUCCUGACAACCAGCGACCUCAACUUCGCCUUUACUGCGAUUCAGGCCUUCACUGUUCCCGGCACUUGUCCCAAUAUCUUCGAGAUCCCACUGCGCACUUUUGAGACUUUGAAUGUUAUCACACCUCCGGGCCCGAGAAGCGAGAAGCUCACUUUCUCAUUUAUGGAUACCGGCAAUGAGACUGGUCACCAGUUGUGGAUGACUUAUAUCAACCAGCAGAAUCUGCCGAUUGUCGAGCCUCUGCAAGUUGUCUCGCGGGAUGGUGGUCAAGUCCGGGCCGAGGCCCUCUUCCCGUAUGAGGAAAAUGAGAUGAAUGGGUUUACGAUUGCGGCUGUUACGAAAAGUGACGGACCCUUUGGGGACGCAAGUACCGUGGCCAAAUGGACCCUCGCCGGACCUGGACUCAUUAUCGUUAACUGA